AUGUCCUAUUACCCGCCCUACCAGGGCGCCCCAGGGUAUCCCCCGCCGCAACAAUCUUACCCCCCGCAGCAGCAACAGCAGCAGCAGUACCCCGGCAUGCACCAUCAACAGCAGUCUUAUGGUGGCUACCCUGGCCAGUCCUACCACCAGCAGGCGCCGCCGCCGCAACAGUCCAACCCAUACGGAUACAGUCAUUCUCCGCAGCCGCCUCAUCAGCCUUACGGGUCGCCCCCUCCACCCCACGGUUAUAACCAGGGACCUCCGCCCGGAUACCAACAGCCUCCCAGUGGUCCACCCAGACACCAACAGCCUCCCAGUGGUCCGCCCGGAUACCAGCAGCCUCCCAAUGGUCCGCCCAUGUACCAAGGCGGCCGCCAGCAAGGAAAUUAUGUUCAUCAGUCUGGUGGUGGCCGCCCGCCCCCGCCUCCAACUGCCCCAGUCUCCUUCGGCAACGGUGCUCCGCAAGGGUAUAGCUUCCAGUACUCGCGCUGCACUGGUAAGCGCAAGGCGCUGCUGAUCGGAAUCAACUACUUUGGCCAGAAGGGUCAGCUGCGCGGUUGUAUCAACGACGUCAAGAACAUGUCAGCGUACCUGAACCAGAACUUCGGUUAUGCCCGCGAAGACAUGGUCCUCCUCACCGAUGAUCAGCAGAAUCCCAUGAGCCAGCCGACCAAGGCGAAUAUCCUGCGCGCUAUGCACUGGCUAGUCAAGGAUGCGCAGCCCAACGACUCGUUGUUCUUCCACUACUCGGGCCACGGCGGUCAGACACCAGAUCUUGAUGGUGAUGAGGAUGAUGGGUAUGAUGAAGUGAUCUACCCUGUCGAUUUCCGAGUCGCGGGUCACAUUGUCGAUGAUGAGAUGCACCGGAUCAUGGUCCAGUCGCUGCGCCCCGGUGUGCGCUUGACGGCCAUCUUCGAUUCAUGCCACUCCGGCUCCGCCCUCGACCUUCCCUAUAUCUACUCCACCUCUGGUGUGCUCAAGGAGCCCAAUCUGGCCAAGGAAGCUGGCCAGGGUCUCCUGGGUGUGGUGUCGGCGUAUGCGCGGGGCGACAUGGGUGGCAUGAUGUCCACCGCCAUGGGUUUCCUCAAGAAGGCUACCAAGGGUGAUGAAGUGUACGAGCGCAACAAGCAGACCAAGACCAGCCCUGCGGACGUUAUCAUGUGGUCUGGUAGUAAGGACGAUCAGACGAGUCAAGACGCCCAGAUCGCUGGCCAAGCCACUGGCGCCAUGUCGUGGGCUUUCAUCGCUGCCUUGCGGAAGAAUCCCCAGCAGAGCUAUGUCCAGCUGCUGAACAGCAUUCGGGACGAGCUUUCGUCCAAGUAUACCCAAAAGCCGCAGUUGAGCUGCAGUCACCCUCUGGACACGAAUCUUCUUUAUGUGAUGUAA